AUGGGAGCUGGUGAUACAGUUGGUGGUAUACCUAGACAACAUUCUCCUAAUGGCAGAGACCAAGGAAAAGACCAGCGACCACGAGUCAGGCCUGAUACACCUUUUCCAAUGCCUAGGGUUCACAAUAAACUCGGAGAAGACAAUACUACAACCAUCCGAGUGCCUAGAAUUGCUAGGAGCCUACAGAUAGACCUGGCAUCAGCCCUCGAGGAGUGGAACCAAGACUAUGAGACAACCCUUGCACUGUCUCCCGACAGCAAGGAGGAACUAAUCUGGUGGAACACACAGAUGAUAAAUUGGAAUGGCAAAACGCUACUGACAAUGGGCCCAGACCUGAUAAUAGAAUCAGAUGCCUCGACCCAUGGCUGGGGUGCCUCUCAUCAUGCCUCUAGCACAGGGGGACCCUGGUCUCCCCAGGAGAAGGAGUGCCAUAUAAAGUGUCUGGAACUGCUAGCGGCAACUCUAGCUCUAACGACAUUUGCCAAAAACAAGACAGCAGUGUCAGUGUUAAUGAAGAUAGACAACACGAUAGCAGUUGCCUAUGUCAACAAUCAGGAAGGGACAGUAUCCAAAGAGUUGAUAUCUCUGACCCGGAAUCUAUGGAUGUGGUGUCUGAAGAGGAACAUCCACAUCCAAGCUCAGCACCUACCUGGUGUAUUGAACCAGGCGGCAGACAGGGAAUUCAGAUCCAUGAGGGACAGAUCAGAUUGGAGUCUAGAUCACUCAACAUUUCAAAAAAUCAACAGGGUCUACAGGCCACUGGAAGUGGACCUAUUUGCAUCCAGACUAACCAAUCAGUGCCAAUGUUACUUCAGUUGGCGGCCAUAUCCGUUUGCAGAGGCAAGCAAUGAAUUCCUUCAGGACUGGACAAUAAUGAAAGGCUUUUGCCAAACCCCCUGGAACUUGAUUUCCAGAGUAUUAACAAAAACAGAAGCACAGGAGGCAGAUGCAAUUCUGGUAGCCCCUGUCUGGAAGACACAGCCGUGGUAUCCCCUCCUAUUGUCAUUAAUAGUAGAUUGGCUACCCCCACAGAGACGCAAUAUAGAGUAA